GUUAAUGGGUCUUUUCCAUUCAGUCCCAAAAGAAAAAGCUCCACCCUUUUGCCCGAAAAGCUUCGUCUUCAGUGAAAAUCACUUACGAUUUUUUUGAAGAGAAAUCGUUAUAAUAACCAAACAAAUGGCUGGAAUCUGCUGUGGAGUUGUUGGAGAAAGUGAAGCGGCAACUCCGGUUGAAACAACCUCAAGAGCUUCUCGCCGCCGGAGAAUGGAGCUCCGGCCGUUUAAGCUAGUAGCCGAUGCCGCCGUUCAAUCACCGUUAGAAAACGGGCGGAAACGCCAGAAGAUCGAGCUCGAUCUCUUACUCCCGUCUUCUCCCCGAGACUGCAAUAACGCAGUUCAAAACUCAGAUGCUAAAAAGCUAAAUGGUGUAAAUUGUAAUGGAACAGUAAAAUUAGAGAGUGAAAAUUCGGUAGAAGAAGAGAAGGUGUGGCCGAAGUUCGGGAUGACUUCCGUUUGCGGAAGGCGACGAGAUAUGGAAGACGCCGUUUCGAUUCACCCCUCAUUUUGUAAACAAAGUUAUCAAGUUCAAAUUUCGUCGGAUAUUCACUUCUUCGGUGUCUUCGACGGACAUGGCUGCUCUCAUGUUGCGAUGAUGUGUAGGGAUCGGUUUCAUGAGAUAGUAAAAGAAGAAAUCGAAUCGUGGGGAGAGAAGGCGGUGGAGUGGAAGCAGACGAUGGAGAGAAGUUUUGAGAGGAUGGAUAAGGAAGUGCAAGAUUGGACGGUGGACGCCAAGGAGAGUUCGAGUUGCCGCUGCGAACUUCAAACUCCACAGUGCGACGCUGUCGGAUCCACCGCAGUGGUCGCUAUUGUCACGCCGGAUAAGAUCAUCGUCGCUAACUGCGGUGACUCCCGCGCUGUCCUUUGCCGGAACGGCAGCGCUAUCCCCCUCUCCUGCGAUCACAAGCCGGAUCGACCCGAUGAAUUGCUCCGAAUCCAAGAAGCUGGUGGACGAGUAAUUUACUGGGACGGGCCCCGUGUUCUUGGUGUUUUAGCCAUGUCUAGAGCAAUUGGUGAUAAUUAUUUAAAACCAUUCGUCAUACCGGACCCUGAGGUGACGAUAACGGAGAGAAAAUGCGAAGACGAGUGUUUGAUACUGGCGAGCGACGGCCUGUGGGAUGUGGUGACGAAUGAUACAGCAUGUGGGGUGGCGCGUAUGUGCUUACGCGCACAAAAGCCGCCAUCACCGCCAGGGUCACCGGGCAGUGACGCCGCGGUGAGAGGUGGCGCAGCCGAGAGCUCGGAUAAGGCGUGUGGGGAUGCUUCCAUAUUGCUAACGAAGUUGGCCUUGGCUAGGCAUAGCACGGAUAACGUUAGCGUCGUCGUCGUUGAUUUGAAGAAAAAUCAGCAACCACAGUAAUAUAGAAUCAUAGAAGACUAAUAUUACCUGAAAAAAAAAAACGUAGUUUUUUUUACUAUUUUUGGAAAAUUGUAAGAUGUAGAGUUUCGAUUUCCUUCUUGAUUGGGAUAUCAAAUUGAAGGAAAAGAAAAGAAAAUGUGAAUUUUAUUUUAUCUUUUUUUUU